ACCAAGGGAGGACAUUCUGGCGAAAUGGCAGCAAGGGAAUCCAAACCAAAUCUCAGUCAUGCACAGGUAUCUGAGCUUAUCAGCCGCCUGUACUGCCUGACUGACUCUGAGAUACGUCCACUUCCAAGUUUUGAGGACCAGAAUUUCUUCGUGUCUGUGAGCGAAGGUGGGGAGUAUGUGCUCAAAGUUGUGAACUCCGCAGACAGCCAGAACCCCACUCUUCUGGAGUUGCAGACCCAUGCCAUGAACUUCUUGCACCAGAAAGGGUUCCCAGCUCAGACCGCCAUCCUCACCAAGACAGGAAACCUGAUGAGUCUGGAAGAGAUUGACUGUGGUUUUGGGCCUCAGAAAUACUUGGUACGCCUACUGACAUAUUUACCUGGUACAACCAUUGCCAAGAUCCUGAGCUCUCCUGCCAUCCUCUAUGAAGUUGGAAAAAUGGCUGCCACCAUGGAUAAUGUCUUCCAAGAGAUGGAGCACCCAAACCUGGGUGUCCUCCAGAGGGAUAACUUCAGCUUUGGUCUGGCCCAUGUUCCCCUUCUGGAGAAAUACCUCCCUGCCAUAGAUGGAGACCCCAUGCAGCAGGUGGUCAGCGAGAUCAUUACUCAGUUCAAGGCAGAGGCCGUUCCCAAGAUGGCCUCCUUCCGCAAAUGUAUAAAUCAUGGAGAUUUCAACGAUCAAAACAUUCUGGUAAUGCAGGACAACCAGUCCCGGUAUAAAAUAUCGGGCAUCCUAGACUUUGGUGACAUGAGCAGUGGCUACAACAUCUUCGAGCUGGCCAUUGCCAUCAUGCACAUGAUGAUCGAGAGCAUGACUCCUGUGGACGUGGGCGGCCAUAUUCUGGCAGGUUACGAGAGCGUCUUCCCCCUGAACGAGGCCGAGAGAGACUGCCUUUUCCUGCUGGUGCUGUGCAGGUUCAGCCAGGUGCUGGUGCUGACCCGCUAUGCUGUGCUGCAGCAACCCGAGAAUGAGGAGUACCUGGCCCUCUGGUACUCUCGCCCCGGGAUCAAAUACCUGAGCCUACUCUGGGAGCUUGGCAAGCACGAGGUGGACAGGACCUGGUUUGAGUGUGCCCAGAAGUACAGGGACCAACAUUAAUAAAGACACACACACACACACACAUACACACACCAUGCCAAAGUAUGGGGCUAGGAAGGGAUCACAUGUGCGACUCCAUUUUGAUCCCAAGGUUCUAUGUUUUUACCCUCUACAAAAUAAAAUGCUGACAAAUUGAAAGCGUAGCGAAAAUAUUAGACCAAGUUUAUUAUUAUGCAAAUGAGGAACGGAUUUUGCCUGCG